AAAAAAACCAUUUUGGAUUGAUAUUUUUGAAAAGCAUUCCAUUUUUAGAAUACCGAACAUGGUGGUCCUCAAUUUUUGAAAUAUCUUUCUAGUCCAAAUAGGAAAAUAUUCUCAAAUGAGUAAGGAUUUUUAUCGUCUAGAAUUGCUAAUAAAAGCAGUUUUUUGUUCGUUCUUUUUUGUCCUUAGCCUUAUAUUUCGUCUCUCGAGGUAAAAAAGAUUUAUUUCCGUUUUUGCCCUUAGGUAACAAACCGCGUAUAAUUAAUAAAACGUUGUCAUUUCUAAGGGAUCCAUCCAGCCUAUCUUCAUUCAAAAGAAAAGAAAAAUAAAAACACCAUGGAGAGCAAUGCUUCUUCAAUGGCUCAUCUUUUUUUAAUUUUAUCAGUAAUGUUUACCCUUUUUUCAUCAUCAAAUGGAGUAGUGAAAGGUGCAUUUGAAGAAAAUUUCAGUAAAAGUUGCCCUGGUACACAUUUCAAGACUUCUGAAGAUGGACAGAUCUGGUAUCUUACCUUAGACCAAGUAUCAGAUUGUGGGUUCAUAACAAAACAGAGCUAUAGAUUUGGUUGGUACAGCACAAAGUUGAAAUUAGUAGGAGGUGACUCUGCUGGUGUUGUAACAGCAUUUUAUAUGUGCUCAGAAGUAGAGGCAGGGCCAUUGAGAGAUGAGAUAGAUUUUGAGUUCUUGGGAAACAGAACAGGGCAGCCUUAUCUUAUUCAGACAAAUGUGUAUAAUAAUGGCAGUGGUGGACGUGAAAUGAGGCAUCAACUUUGGUUUGAUCCUACUCUGGACUUCCAUACUUAUUCCAUUCUUUGGAACUCACAUCAAAUUGUUUUUUUUGUGGAUCAAGUACCGAUAAGGGUAUACAAGAACGCGAAUCACACAAACAAUUUCUUUCCAGCCCUAAGGCCAAUGUACGUGUUUUCAAGCAUAUGGAAUGCAGAUAAUUGGGCUACUAGAGGAGGUUUGGACAAGAUAAACUGGAAAAAUGCACCAUUUGUAGCAUCUUAUAAGGAUUUCACGAUAGACGCUUGUCCAUGGAAAAAUCCUUACCCUGCUUGUGCUUCAUCCACCACACAGCACUGGUGGGAUCAGAACAAUGCUUGGCACUUAUCAAGUAAAGAGAAGAUUGAUUAUGCUUGGGUUCAAAGGAACUUUGUGGUUUAUAACUAUUGUCAGGAUACUGUGAGGAACAAGUACAAGCCUCAAGAGUGUUGGUUAAAUCCAUUGGACUAAUAUUAAAGAGAGAUAAAAUUCGAAAAUUGUAGUAGUAUUUUGAGUGUAUAUAUCGGACUCUCUCAUACUUAUUUGGGAUUGAGCCAUAGUAGUAGAUCCAUCGAUUGGUAUACUUUACACCGUCUAGUAAAAGAAGGAACGGCAUUACUACUAUUGGAAAGUGAAACAGUGUUUUGCUAUAUUCACAAAUGUUAUAAUGAUAUUCUUAAUGCAAUCUUUACAUAUGUAUGUUUUAUUGAAGGAAGUUAAGAUUUCAAUUUCUCAUA